AUGCCAAGUCUCCCUGCGGACUGUCUUUCUAUAAUAUUUAUGCACUUUUAUAAUGACCUAACAACACUUUAUUAUUGCCUUUUGGUAAACACUUCAUGGUGUGCAACUGCUAUUCCGAUAUUGUGGUCAAAUCCUUGGAAAUAUCAUCAUGAAUUGCUUUCAAAUGGAUGUUUAUCAAAUGAUCAUAAACGAUCGACUCAUGUGGAAUAUCAAUCCUUGUUGCUUUUAAAGACUCUCUCUGCUUGUUUCUCUGCUGAAUCAAAACAAUUUUUACUUAAUUAUGGUAUCCGUAUCGAUCUUGAUCCUCCUCUUUUCAAUUAUGCAAAAUAUUGUAGAUCUUUAGAUACUUAUGACAUAGAUUACAUGUUAAGAAAGGCUCAAAGAAAUCAUCUUUGUUUUUACACUGAAGACACAAGAGACUUUUUAGGAGUAGAAGUUUACAGAUUAUUCUUUCAUCAAAGUUCUAAAAUAGCUCGUUUGACUAUUUCUCAUCAAUUACCUCGCAUCUAUUCUCAAAUUUGGUUCUUUCCUGAUACAUUAUCUUGUUUUGCAACUUUAAAGGAGUUAUCUUGCUACGAACCCUAUACAAUUGAUUUAAAUCUACUCAAAUACAUUGCUGGUGCUUCAUCUAAUAUUAGAAAAUUGUCCUUAGAUAGUAAGUUAUAUAUACAUUACGAUGAAGGAUUAAUCGAUCUCAUCCAGAAUCAGAAUAAUCUUAAUUCCUUAAGUAUAAAUAACAUCUCAUAUGGAUUAUGGCUAAGAAUUGCUAAUGUUUUCACUUCCGGAAAUGCUACCUCUUUAACUCAUCUUUAUUUGAAAUCAUUUGAUACUUGUUUUCCCGUAUUGGGUAUUUCUGAAUUACGAAAUUUACGAUCUUUGAUUAUAACUUGUCAUGAAGUCGAUUGGUCUGGUAUAGCAAAUGCUUGCUUUCCAUUUCUAGAAAUUUUAGAAUUUGGAAGAUAUUUUCCUUCAUUGACAAUCUUGGCUUCAAUAAUUUCUAGAACAAAUAAGUUGCUCAAAAGGAUUUAUUUAAGCAAUUAUCUAUGCGCAGAUCCAGAGAAUUCUGGCAUGCUUUUUCAUGCUAUCAUAGAUUUUUGUCCAAACCUUAGAUAUCUUAGUAUUCCUUUCAAUUCUAUUUCUGAUGAAACACUUGAAGAUAUUCGUCACUUAUUGGAUUCAUGUCAUUAUUUAGAAGGUUUCUCUCUGCGUGCUCAAUAUUCAGUUCGGGAAUCAAUGGAAUAUGAUAAACGUUUACUUGAAGGUGAUAUACUCUUUAAUCUCUUUAUUGAUCAUGCACCAAAUACUUUAUGUAAUAUCAAAUUUGAUUACUCCGAAGAUGAAUAUGAAACCACUUUGACGUUUAGUUACGCUGCAAUUAAAUCAUUUUUAAUGAAUUGGGAGAAACAAAAAAGGAUAAAACUUGGACUUUUUAUAGUUAUCGAAGAUUUUAACAUGCAUACCCAUGAAUUACAUACUAUAGAAGACAUGCUUUAUGAAUAUCGUGUUAAAGGUGUUCUUGAAACAUGUAAAUUGAUUCCAAAAUCCCCUUUGAUUUUCUCGGUUCGUGCUGAAGAUUGGCAGAGACACUCUAAAAAUGAUACAAUUGGGUUUAUUGGACUUGGUCAAAUGGGUUUCAGAAUGGCCAAUAAUUUAUAUACUAAAUCCAAUUUUUCAUUAGUUAUUCAUGAUAUAAACAAAUCUUCUAUAGAAAAAUUUACUUCUUUACAUUCUACAACUAUUUCUCAAAAACCAAUUUAUCAUGCUAAAUCUCCUGCCGAAGUUGCAAGAAAAGCCUCGGUUAUUAUUACUAUGUUACCAUCUUCUCCUCAUGUAAAAGAUGUUUAUUUAGGAAAAGAUGGUUUGAUUGAAGGUUUAGAUAAUCAGAGUUUCUUUAUUGAUUCUAGUACUAUUGAUCAAAGCGUUUCAAAAGAUGUUGCUCAGAAAGUUAUUGAUAAAGGUGCUAGACAGAUUGAUGCGCCAGUUUCUGGAGGAGUUGUCGGUGCUGAAGCAGCUACUUUAACUUUCAUGGUCGGUGCAUCAACUGAAGCGGAUUUUCUAAAAUCUAAACCCUACUUAACAUAUAUGGGUAAAAAUAUUGUACAUUGUGGAGGUCUUGGUACAGGUCAAAUUGCUAAAAUUUGUAACAAUAUGCUUUUGGCAAUUUCUAUGAUCGGUGUAUCAGAAGCAAUGAAUCUUGGUAUAAAAUUAGGAAUUGAUCCUAAAUUAUUAGCAGAUAUAUUAAAUACAAGUUCUGGUAGAUGUUGGUCAAGUGAUACUUAUAAUCCAUGCCCUGGUAUUAUGCCAAAUGUACCAUCAAGUAAAGAUUACGAAGGUGGAUUUGGUAAUACUUUAAUAGCAAAAGAUUUGAGAUUGGCUGUUAAUGCUGCUAAUGAUGUACAGGCUACUAUUAUUUUGGGUGCUAUUACUCAACAAAUUUAUAAUGCUUUGUCUAAAUCUCCUGAUUAUGAAAAGAAAGAUUUUAGUUCUAUUUAUAAAUGGUUGAAUGAAAGGAGUGGAAAUAAAUGA